AUGGCCGGCUUGCAAGGUGUCGACAUCCUCCAGGCCCAUGUCAACUACAACGAUAAGGACACGCUCAUGAUUCUAGAUGCCGCCUGCAAGGUCCUCGGGCGGACGCUCGAUGAUCUCCUGUAUCAAGUCGGCAUUGCUUUCCUUGACCUCACAGAAGAGCGAUCCUAUGACAAGUUACUCCUUGCCAUGGGCAGCACCUUCCACGAGUUCAUGGAGAAUCUCGACAACCUCCACCAGUUUCUGAGCCUUAUUUACCCGGAGGUGGCCCAGCGAUACUACAGCAUGGAGAUUGAAAUGACCUACCUGGAACGCAAAGCUCAAGGAGCCCAUCAUGACGUCUUUUUCAUCCAACUCCCCUUCCACUAUCGGGCUCGACGUCGCCAAACACUUGAGGCCAUCGGCCCCAUGGGCAGUGUCUCCGGUCUGACUACGGCCCAAGUAGAUGAGCUCUUUCCUUGGCACAUUGAAUUUGAUGAGACCCUUGCCAUCCGUAGCCUUGGCACCGCCCUGCACCGCCUCAUUCCCAACUUCCACGAGGGCAUGUCCUUGAACAAGCUGGUUCGUGUCAUACGCCCAGUCCUGACCAAGCUUUCCUUUGACAGCAUCUGCAAGCACAACAACGUUUGCUACCUCAUGGAGAUUCGCAACACGGACACAGAGGAGCCGACCCUUUCGCAAUCCAACCUCAGACCUGCCAUGAACACGGCCAUGAUGCCGACUCACGCAGGCCCAAUUUCCAUGCCUCCUCGCAGCCCCAAUAUUGCUCUACUCCAACAGCAAGCAUGCCCUUUUACGUCCAGCGCCUCUUCGCGUAAGGACUCAGUGGCCUCACUUGCCAGCAUGAUGACAAUCCUUCAUGCCACGUCUUGUCUCAAGAUGAAGGGCCAGAUUUUACAGAUUAGCACCUCUCGUGCGCUCUUUCUGGGCUUACCCAGCCUGCGCUCGCUUGAAGAUCUUCAAGAGCGUGGUGUCAGCAUCUCCGACUUUCCAGCCAGCUCGGGGGCCCGUGACUUUCUGCUGGCCAACAAUCAUCUUCUUGCUACAAUCAACCUGGUGUCCCAGCUCGAAGAAACGACCGCCUUCCUCGAUCGCGCCCUGGCGGACGUGCGCAUCGAAAAGGACAAGAGUGAAGCGCUCCUUCACACCAUGCUACCCGAGUCCAUCGCCUCUCGCCUAGCUGAGGGCAGCAGUGUUGAGCCGAAAGAAUACGACACUUGCGCCAUGCUCUUCAGUGACAUUUGCUCGUUCACUAGUAUGAGCGCCCAAGUGUCUCCCAAGGCGAUUAUGGAGAUGCUUGACGAACUUUUCCUCGGUUUUGAUCGCCUCUGUGACAAGCAUGGCGUUUAUAAAUAUGAGACUAUUGGAGAUUGUUUUAUCGUGGCCACUGGUUUACCCGAGCCCGAUGAACUUUAUGCAGCCCGCAUUGCUGCUUUUGCCAUUGAUCUCGUCAAAUUCAGCAGCACGGUCAUGUCUCCUGCCGAUGGAAAACCUUUAUCCGUUCGCUGUGGUUUCAACUGCGGCCCUGUCGUCACAGGUAUUGUUGGCAAGGAACGACCAAAGUUCAACAUCCUUGGCGAUUGCGUCAAUACAGCCUCGCGCAUGGAGAGUACAGGCGUACCCAACUGUAUCCAGCUGACCGAGCACAUGCGCGACAUGAUUGUAGCCCAGAACCCGGCUUUCCGAUUUGUGGCUCGCAAGGGUGGCGUCAAGGCCAAGGGCAAAGGACACAUGCAAACCUAUUUCCUCGUUGGGUACGAGCAGGUGGACGCCGAGCUCCUUCCACCUCCCAUGUUUAUUGAGCAAAACCUGCUGGACUCGGCAUAUACCUCCGUGGGCAGUCAAGAGGAGAGUAUGCCCAGUGUGCAGCCCUCGCCGUUUACACAAUCAUCUCUCAUCCGCCGCCGGAUGACAUCAAUUGUGUAA